CUGACGGUAAAGAUGAGGAGCUUUGUCUGUUUUGGUGGGAAAUUGGAGGGUUUUCCUGGCGAUUCAUGCGCCAGAGGCGCAUGCUUCAAACAAUCCUAUCAUGGUGUGAUUUCGUCCUCUUCUCGUUUCUUGCUCUUCAAACUGAACCCUUUCUGGGUUCAGCUUGCUUAUUUCAUAGUUCUGUCUUUAAUCGGCUACGGGGCUCUGAAUAUAGCAAAGCCAAAAACCGACUCUUUUAGGCCUAAGAAUAUUGAUGUAUUCUUCACUUCUGUGUCUGCGGCAACCGUUUCAAGCAUGUCGACUGUAGAAAUGGAGGUUUUUUCAAACACCCAACUUAUAAUUAUGACUAUUUUGAUGUUCAUAGGUGGGGAGGUCUUUACUUCCAUGCUUGGACUUCAGCUGGCAAGGUUCAGGUUCCCUAAAAAACAACAUCCUGAAAACAAUAUAACUUUUGUUAGCAUCCCCAACAAUUCCUUGACCUCAAAAAGCAUUACUCAUCAAAUCGAAUUUGGUACGGAUUCUUGUUCAACCGUAGAGAAUGAGAAACCUGAUACUGACUUAGAUAGUGACAUUAAUCUGUCUUCUAUGACUGACAGUCUUCAAUACAGCGCUAGUAGGUAUUUGUGCUAUGUGGUAUUAGGUUAUCUCUUAGUAGUCCAUAUUGGUGGUUCUAGUUUAGUUUCCAUGUACGUAAGCCUGGUUCCAAGCGCAACAAAUAUACUCAAAACCAAAGCCAUUCAGAUAAAAACAUUUUCCAUUUUCACUGUUGUGUCUACUUUUGCAAACUGUGGCUUUGUGCCUACAAACGAGAACAUGAUAAUCUUCAAGAAGAAUCCAGGUUUGCUGCUGCUUCUAAUUCCACAAAUUCUUCUUGGCAACACAUUGUAUCCCGCUUGCUUACGAGUCCUGAUAUGGCUUUUGGAGAAAAUCACAAAACGGGUGGAGUUCAGGUACAUCCUGAAGAACUAUAAGGAGAUGGGCUAUAGCCAUAUGCUGUCAGGCGUUCAUUGUUCUCUUCUUGCUGCCACUGUAUUCGGGUUCAUUUUAGUUCAGUUGAUUCUAUUCUACUGUAUGGAAUGGAAUUCAGAGGCCAUGGAUGGUCUUAGUUCAUAUCAGAAAUUCGUAGGCUCUUUGUUUGAAGUGGUAAAUUCAAGGCAUGCUGGUGAAUCAAUAGUUGAUCUUUCUACCAUCUCCUCAGCGGUCUUGGUGCUCUUUGUUGUUAUGAUGUGAGUCUUUCUUCCUCUCCGUUCUAUUUUCGUUUCAUAUUUGGC